AUGUCCACGGAAUAUUCGGAUGUUCAGUUGUUUGUGAGGCCUAUUGGCCCACACGUGACUCAUGAGGAAGUGGAGGAAUACUUUUCGCAAGUUGGACCACUAAAAGAGCUUAGGUUGAUGCCGGGUUAUGCCUUCGUCGAAUACCCGAACCCAGAAACUGCUGAGAAAGCGUUCAGUGAAUUUUUGGAAAAACCGUUUGCUGGUGAACCACUUCAAAUCGAAUACGCCAAGAAGAAGCCGGAAUAUGCUAAAAAGGGUGAGAACAGAGUCAAAGUUUCAAAUCUUCCUCCAACCACUGCUUGGCAAGACUUCAAAGAUUUCAUCAGAGAAGAGGUCCGUUUGACUCCAACCUUUGUCAGAAUUCCCCCAGAAGAUCCUACCAUCUGCCAUCUAGAAUUCGCUUCGAGAGAAGAUCUCGAAUCUGCGAUCAGCCAGCUGAACGGUGUCAAUUACAGAGACACUCAGCUAGUGGCUGAGGAGGACACUAGUCCAUACAUUGCUUCGGCUUCUAGAACGAUAGGAGCAAGAAGAGGCGGUUUCAGAGGUGGAAGAGGAUUUUACAGAGGAGGAAGAGGCGGAUAUCCUCCAAGAGGAAGAGGUGGCUUUGGCGCACCAAGAGACUACCCUCCGUACAGGGGCCCUCCAAGAGGAGACUAUGGUGGAUAUCCCCCAAGAGGUGGGUACGGGCCUCCACCAGAUGGACCUGUGGGAGGGUACGGUGCUCCUAGAGGACCUUCUUAUCGGGACUAUGGUCCUCCACCAGUUGGUGGACCACCUGGCCCCGCUGGGCCUAGCGGCUAUAGAGGUGGCCGUGGCGGAUAUCCACCUCGUGGUGGUUACAGGGAACCACGUGGAGGCUACCGCGAUUAUGACAGAGGUUACAGAGAUGGGCCACCUGCACCAAGAGGAGAAUACAGAUCCAGAGAAGAGGGAGCUCCAUAUCCAGAGCAAGGUGAGAGAGAAUAUGCCAGAGAGAGAUCUCCAGCACGGUAUUGA